AAAAAUGGGAAAUUGUUUAAAAAAGCAGCCAGCGAUUCAAUCGGAAGACCUGGAAACUGAGUUUCUCACCGGCAGCCACCGUCAGAAAGGAGAUGAUUAUUCCGGCGACAGCUUUUCCGGUAAAACGCCAGCAACGACGGUGAAGAUUAAGAUAUCGAAGAAACAACUGGAGGAGUUAUUGGGUAGAGCGGAUGUGCAGGGGUUAACGGUGCAACAGGUGCUUGCUCAGUUGAUGAACGUUAGUGAUCGAUUUGAAACGCACCAACGGACGUGGAGGCCUGCUCUACACAGCAUUCCGGAGUAACCAUGCAUAUAUGGUUACUCCGACUCCGUAUUGGGUUUAUCCCAAUUAUGUGAGUUUCUUUCUUUUUUUCUUUUGUAAUUUUAAAGUUGUACAUAUGGUUUUUGUUUAUUUCCUUUAGCGGGAUUCAGUCCAACCAAUAUAUAUCAGGUUUCUCGAACUAAGGUUACGUUUGGUUCAUAUAACGGAACUGUCAUAAUCGAAUCUGUCAAAUGAACUGAAACUGGGAUGGAAUUUAAUCAAGUUUACCCAUG